AAUAUCUAUGAAAAGUACUUCGCAAUUAUUGCCCAUCUCUAGCUGUUGUCACAAACAAAACCCUCUUUCCGGUCUGGUUCUCGACUAAGGCGGGUGAAAUGGCGGCACACAAAUCGUUCCGUAUUAAGCAAAAGCUUGCUAAAAAGUUAAAGCAGAACAGAUCAGUUCCACAAUGGGUUCGCUUGCGCACAGGCAAUACCAUUAGGUACAACGCUAAGCGCCGUCACUGGAGACGUACCAAGUUGAAGCUGUAAGCUUGUGGACAGUCUUUACAGUUGUUUUGAUUUCCAAAUAUAACUGAGAAUAUGAAAUAAAAAUGCUUUUCUGAAAACGGA